AUGAGGCCGUGGGCAGCGGUGCUGGCCUUGUGGCUGAUGCUGAGGGCUGCAGCCGGGCAGGUGCCCACCCUACCGGGCAUAAGGGAUAAGACUUUCAUUAAGGAGUGCGUGCAGGUCCACAACGACUUCCGCAGCAAAGUCCAGCCCCCUGCCAGCAACAUGCGGUACAUGACUUGGGAUGCAGCUUUGGCAAGGACUGCAAGGGCCUGGGCAAAGAGAUGCCUUUUUGAACACAAUAUAUACUUAAGUAAGGAACGUCAGUGCCAUCCUAAUUUCACAUCUAUUGGAGAGAAUCUUUGGGUUGGAAGUCAUCAAGCCUUCACUGUUACUAAUGCCAUUAAAUUGUGGUAUGAUGAGGUCAGCUCCUAUAACUUUACAACACAGGAAUGUACUAAAGUUUGUGGUCAUUACACUCAGGUUGUUUGGGACCAUUCACAUAAAAUUGGCUGUGCUGUUACUUACUGUAAGGAAGUUGCAGGAAUCCCAGAUGCAGCAAAUUUUGUUUGCAACUAUUCACCAAGUGGUAAUUUUCCAAGAAAGCCAUAUAUACAGGGGAAAUCAUGCAGUAAUUGUGAAAAAGGAGACACCUGUGAAAAUAACCUGUGUAGAAAUCCAAGACGUGAUAGAGUUAUCUAUUAUCCCAGAUGGCACCCUCCUUGGGAGUUCAAUACAGAAUGUGAUGGAGCCUGUAUCACGGUUAUCCUUUUGAGAGCUCUGCUGAUGUUCCUUACUCCUGUGGCUGUUUAUUAUGUCAAAAAACUCUGUACAAGCUUAAAUAUGUCUACCUGA